AUGCACUCGCCCUUCUCGCUAGCGCCGCUGAUACGACCAGACGUACUCGGGACAGAGCAAAUUACGGCGACACUUCUUCACGCCGACCGUAUCGUCUUGGGCACUGAGCGGGGGACGCUGCUUGUGUUUGACCUUUCUCGAGCUUCGACGAGUACUGCACCUCCGACCGCAACUCUCGUUAACCGGCAUGACGGCUUUGCGAAGAAAAGCAUCGAGCAGCUGGGCGUGAUCAAGGAACUGAACGCGCUCGUCUGCCUCAGCGGCGGAGACCUCACCUUGCAUUCCUUCCCUGACUUCGCCCUCCUUUCCUCCUUCGCAAGCCAAACGAAAGCUUCCGCAUCCGUCUUUGCACUCUCGACCGAAGUCCACCACCCCGCAGCAAACGCCGACGUCCCCCGUGCCGUCCCCGAGAUCCACACCACUCUCGCCGUCGCCUGCAAGCGUCGACUGAUCCUCCUCAGCUGGGUCGACGGGACGUGGAAUCCGCAAGUCGAGGUCUCGCUCCCUCAUCAGAUCCGCGGCAUGGCUUUUGAUGGUCGACGACUCGUUGCGGGCUUCUCGACGGGCGAAUACGGCGUCAUCACGCUUUCGCCGCUCGAGGGCAAGGGCGCCGGUCAACCGCCGACGCUGGGCGACCUCUUCUCUCUGCCUCUCCCGCUGGCAGAGCGGCCGUCACGCACGGGCGUGCCCGGACUAGGAGGACUUGGCGGUUUAGGAAACGUCGUCAGUCUCGGGGCGCUCAACGCAUUGUCGAAGAAGCUCGAGAAGAACGGUGUCGUCCGAGUACCGCGGCGGACGAGGCGGCAGAGACCUGAGCGUCCGGAGGAGAGGAAGGUCGAGUCGGAGUGGCUUUGGGCGGAAGAGUGGGGUUGGCAGAAUGAGAAGGCGGACGAGCCGGGCGAGGUGCUCGUUGUUCGUGAUAACGUUGUUCUUCCGCUGUCAUCGACCGGCAAGCCCCGCCCAGCCGACCGCCCAUCAGCCUCGGCACCCAGCAUCUCCUACCAUUCCUCCGUCAACGAGGCGCUCGUCUGUCCUCCCUACGUCGUCUCCCUGGUCGCGCCUACUUCACCAGCUCCAGGAACCACCGCUAGCUCCGCCACUCCUCACUACUCGCUCGCCGUCCACGCUCUUGAGACCCUUGAACCCGUUCAGACACUCUCACUACCACCAACCGCUUCGUCUCCGCCCGCAUCCAUCGCCGAGUCUACCCUCUCCGCAAUGAAUCGCUCGGCAGCUCCCGCCAAACCUGCGACUCUCGCCCGCCUUCUCACCGUCUCGGCAUCUACGCCCAAGCCGCCUCUCCUCGUCCUCACCAGCACGCCCGCGAAUACUACAGCUCCGACAGCGCCAGGCGCCGCGUCAGAGCAGACUCUCUGGGUCGCGACGGUGGACAGCUGGCAGUCUCAGCUUGAGGAGCUUGGCAAGCAGGGGAGAUGGGAAGAGGGCAUUGCUCUCCUGCGCGGCUCGUUCGACGUCCUCACAGACCCUUUACCUCCUCCUCUCUCCCGCCGACUCGCCACGCUUCACGCCCUCCACCUCUUCAAAACGCAUCGCUACAACCUCGCCAUCGACGCCUUCAUCGCUCUCGACAUCUCGCCCGCACGCGUCGUAUGCCUCUACCCUGUCGCCAUCUCCGGCAAGCUGUACCGCGAGGCAUCGGCGCACGAAGAGGUUUUUGGUGGUCGUCCACAUGCGCGAGUACAGGCUGCGCACGCAGAAGCGGAGGAGAAGCGACGAGCCGAUGAGGAAGAGCAGCGCUCGGCAGCGCAGCAGGCGAAUCAGGCGCGAGGCUCGCCGGCGACCGGGAGUCCUGCUCGGCUGAGGAAGGGUAUCCUAGCUGGUACAGCGGAUGAGGACGACGCGGCGUCCAUCAGGAGCGUCGGGAGUCGGCUGACGGGGAAGAGCUGGUUGCGGGAUCGGGAGCCGAGUACGACGCUUGACGAGAUUGCGGAGAACGCAGCCCGCGAGCGCGAGCAGCAGGAGAAGCAUGCGGCGCAGAACUACUCGCGAUCUGUCGACGAACUCGUUCGGUACCUCACAGACCGUCGGCAGAAGUACGUGCAGGCGUUCGCUGCCCUGCUCCCCUCGUCAAGACCUACGCCGUCGUCUCCGCGACCCGCAGCAGACGCCGACGAGCUGCUCAGCCUUCCGAACGAACCGCUCACGAAGCUAGGUCCCGACCAACUCGCUCGUGUCGCGCAAGUCGUCGACACGGCGCUUUUCCGGAGCUACCUCGCGACGAAGCCGGUCAUGGUCGGUCCGCUGUGCCGGAUCGAGAACUGGUGCGAGGUGGCGGAAGUCGAGGAGCUUCUGCUCGAUACAAAGAAGUACCGCGAGCUGCUCGACCUGUACAACGGCAAGAACAUGCACGAGAAGGCGGUCGAGCUGUUGAAGCGAAUGAGCGAGGACGAGGACGACCUGAAGGCGAAGGUCGAGCCGACUGUGCGCUACCUUCAAAAACUCGGCCCAACGCAUCUCGCCGUCAUCCUUGACGCCUCGCGGUGGGUCUUCGACCAGGACGUCGCAUCCGGCUUACAGAUCUUCUGCGCGGACCUCGAAGAGGUCGAGUCUCUCCCCCGUCACGCUGUCAUGGCGCAUCUCGAAGGCGUUGGACGAGACGUCUGCAUCAAGUACCUUGAGCACAUUAUCCGGCAGCUGGACGAGCAGGGCGCCGACUUUCACGAGAAGCUCAUCGAGCUUUACCUCCAGGCGGUGCAGGCGCCAUCGACGGGACGCGACGACGAGUCGUACCGGAAACUGCUCGACCUGCUCGAGACGAGCAAGUCGUACCGAGCCGACCGCAUCCUCGGGCGUCUCCCGUCGGAAGAUAUGCACGAGGUCCGCGCUGUACUCCUCGGACGGCUCGGUCGACACGAGGGCGCGCUGCAGAUCUACGUCUAUCAGCUGGAGGACCAUGCGACGGCGGAGCAGUACUGCAAGCGCGUGUACGACUCGGACGAGUCGAUGCGUCCCACUAUCUUCCAUCUACUCCUGCGACUGUACCUUCGUCCCCGCCAGAACCACCCGCUCUUCUUCGGCCCCGCUCUCGCCCUCCUGUCGACCCGAGCUGCUCGUAUCGAUCCCAUCGAGGCCUUCGAGCUGCUGCCGCCUCUCGUCGCCGUCAGCGACAUCAAGGUGUAUCUCGAAAAGACUCUGCGACGGAGCAACGAGCGUGCGCGUGAGGCAAAGAUGGUCAAGGCGAUCGGACGAAGCUGGGUCGACCAGGCAGACCGCGAGGUGGUCGACCUCGAGGAGAGGCGCGUCAAGGUGACGGAGGGCAGAGUCUGCCCGGUCUGCCACAAGCGAAUCGGCAACAGCGUGAUCGCCAUCCACAACCCCCAGGGCGAAGUCACACACUACCAAUGUCGCGAGGACUUUCAGCGGACUCGCGCGUUCUGA